AGGUGUCAUGUUGAUUGCCGCCCAUACUGGAUAUGAUAAUCUCCAAAAUAGGAUUAUACAGAACUCGUCAAAGAUUUUCGAUGCUUUUUUUCCAUCGUCUGUUUCUACUCUUCUUUUCUGAUUGAACGAGGUUGUACGUCGUCAGACAUAGAUAUGUGAUGUCACGCAAUAUCAACCGAGCAAACCAGCCUGCGGUGUGGAACGUGUAAUGUGGCGAGGUAGCUAAGAACCUGUACCAGAACCAGUUUAUGCAUAGAUUUUCCAAAUAGAUAAUUAAGCUGUCUCGUUCAAAGAGGAUUAGUUUCGAAAACAAUUCGGAGGACGUUUGCCAAUAUCGGUCUUGUGUCAUUAUAAAAGCAAUUUUGGGGAAUCGAGGAGUGUUUACGUCUCCCUAGCGAGGAAGUGGGAUGUGGCCAGCCUGUAUUUAUGCUGCCGUUCAAGAUAUGAAAAUCAUUGUAGCAGUGGUUUUGGAGCCUCGCUACAUAGUAAAUAAAACGGGAUACUCGGCACUGGACGAUAGCCCCUUUGAUAAAUUCGAUGACGACUCCUACAUCCUUCGAAAUUGUUCGGGGGUAUCUCUGAUUACAUAAUAUCAAUAUGUGAAUCUGACAGGCUACCUAUACAUUUUUUUGGAACACCAUUUAUUGAUCGCGAAUGUCAACUCAACAUCAGAUAAUGGACUCAUCUUUAGCUCUGGGAAGACUGGAACUGAACAGCCCCAUGGUCAAACGGGGAACUCGGCUCUCCGGCGGCCCGGUGAAGGAGAAGAGCGUCCAGCCGAGCUUGCAGGCUCACCUGAACGGAUGUGUGCCGCUUUCUCAUCAAGUGGCGGGUCAUAAGUAUGGCGUUGAUAAAGUUGGUAUAUUACAGCAUCCGGAUGGUACUGUACUGAAACAGCUGCAGCCCCCUCCUCGAGGCCCCCGCGAGAUGCAGUUCUACAGCAUGGUUUGUGAUGCAGACUGUCGUGACCCGUGUCUUCUGGAACUUCAGAAACACCUACCCAAGUACUUUGGAACCUGGUCAUAUCCUGACACACCCAACGACCUGUACCUGAAGCUGGAGGACGUGACCCGGCGCUUCCACAAGCCCUGCAUCAUGGACGUGAAGAUCGGCCAACGCAGCUACGACCCGUUCGCCUCGCAGGAGAAGCGCGACCAGCAGGUCAGGAAGUACCCUCUCAUGGAGGAGAUCGGCUUCCUGGUCCUGGGCAUGAGGGUGUACAAGCUGGGCUCUGACAGUUAUGACUCAUAUGACCAGCACUACGGACGCGGCCUGGUGAAGGACACCAUCAGAGACGGUCUAUCUAAGUUCUUCCACAAUGGGCUGGGUCUGAGGAGAGACGCUGUGUCGGCCAGUAUCCUGAAGGUUCAGAAGAUCCUCCAGUGGUUCGAGGAGCAGAGCCAGCUCACCUUCUAUGCCAGUUCGCUGCUCUUUGUCUACGAGGGCUUGCCCACCCACAAUCCCAGCCCUGGGGGGCUCCUCCACCACCCCAGAACCCCCCUGGAGAACAACGCCACCUCCUUAUUGGCUGCUGAUGGUGACGCCGACCAGGAAGAGGAAGUGGUGGAGUACAACAACAACGUCCAGGUCGGCGUGCCGCUGGAAUACAGCCAGUCCACCACAUACGCCAUGCACAAGAAAGGCUGUCCCAAGGGCCAUCACCACGGCAAAGGCCCCACCGUCAACCCCUCUGCCGCCGUCGGCGACGAGGAAAUCACAGCCCCCAACGCCAUGGAGGACAACACCGCCUGGAAAAGACCGGACGCCACGGAGCAGCCAAACGGCAACGGGUGUCAGGGGGACUUGGAAGGAGAGGGGGAGGAGGGGGUGGAACAGGGGGAGGGGGAUGAGGGGUCAGCGUCGGAGGAGCAGGAGAAGGACGGCCUCAGCAGCAGUGUUAGCGGGGAGGUGGAGGUGAGGAUGAUCGACUUUGCCCACGUGUUCCCUUCCGAGAGCCAGGACCAUGGAUACAUCUAUGGCCUCAGACACUUACUGAUGGUCCUCCAGCAGAUCCUGGACCAGCCCUAGACCCUCUCAUCUCCAAUGGUCUUUAAUGGUGCGUGUGUGUCCUUGAGUGUGUGUGUGUGUGUUGUACUGUAGUCUGUGAGUGUGCGAAUGACUUCCAGGCCACCUCCCUAAACCUAAUGUUCUGCACUAUAUGCACUAUCCAUGAAGGCAUUACAGUCCUGCUCUCUCCCUAGAGACCGUCUUUAGAUGGUCUCAGCCAUUCCUAAUUCAGUAUGCAGUAGAGAUGGUCUUGAGAUAUCUAUUUUCUACAGCAGCUCUGGAUAUUCAGAUGCUAAGAUUUGUAAAAUAACUACUCUAAUAACUACUAAGGAUGGCGAGAUUAAGGUAAGAGUUAAAGCCUAAAUUGAUAGUCAAUCAUCUGUUGAGCCAUCUUUAGGCGGCGCUAUCAUGGCAUAAUGGCACGUUGUUUGUCUAUAGUUCUUCGAUGUGCGUGUAUGUAUUUGUUUGUUUUUAACCACUGUUGACAGGUAUCUAACUCAGGUAAACAACUGUAUUCAACACUCAGAGACAGAACCCUCUAAUGUAAACUGUCAACCAGCCCACAAAUACUAUCUGCUAUGUUUUAUAGGAUUGAAUCAGUCUUUGUUUUAAAACCUUUUCAUUCCUUUUGGUUCUUUAAGGUUUCUGAUGGAGUCUUUUGUUUUAUUGAUCUCUUAACAUUAGCUAUAAUUAUAGGUGAAGUACUUUUUAAUGACACUGUUAUUAUCAUGUAGUUCUAUUUUUUGCUGCCAAAUCACCUGCUCUUUGAGAAUCUGUGUUCUUACAGUGAGAUUUGUGUGUGGUUCACCGAAGAUCAGUUUCUAGAAUGUCGCCCCCUCUGUCAUGUGACGUGUCUGUGAGGAUCCGGAGGGUCAUAGGAAAAGGCAAUAGGUUGUUGUGAUGACAAUGAAUUAAUCAAGCUGACCAGACAGAAAUGGAGAGAGAGUUGAUGAGAUUGUUGGAGUGUCUGUUGGUCAGAAGAAUAGAAUGCCAAACUCGCGUUUUCUUUGUAUUUAAUUUAUUUUAUCAGAGCGAAAGAUGGAAGGCUUUGUGGUUUCCAGGGUGACUUGCCUUUCUUAAGCACUGGUCUGUGAUCAGCUGUCCUUUCUCUAGUACAACUCUUAACUAUGAGAGGGGAAAGCAUACAGCUGGCCUGAGACCAGUGCCUAAAGGUCAGCUUAACCUAUGAGAGCACCAAGCCUUCCACCAUGAGGCCUAGAGGGAAUACUGGUGAGUACUGGUGAGUACUGGUGAGUACUGGUGAGUACUGGUGAGUACUGGUGAAUACUGGUCCACGUGUUGCUGUUGUCUUAACCCAGAACAUGCUUCCAAAGUUUCAUCUCCUUCCAACAUUGACUGUAUUUAGUUGCACAGAGCUGCUGUCCUCUCUUACUCUCCCUGAAUCUCAUUGAUCGCUAUAGACGUGUUGUUUAUUUUCAUUUUAAUCAAACAUAUGCAUAUAUUGACCCUACUUUUAUGUUGCUUGAAAGUAUGAUUUAUUGCAGUUGUAUCUGAUGAAAUCUUAAUUUGUUGCAAUGUGAAAUUACCUUGAUAUUUCUGUAUGAUUUUAAAGGUAUGUUGCACCCUAUAGAGUCUGCCGAUGGUCUUAUCUAUAAAUUAGUUGAUUUGCGGCACAUCAGAAGCAAUCUCGAGGACCUUGGCAGUUAGAGAGAUGUUUACAGUUGAAAGAUGAGCAUUUUUGUUUCUCUGUCGUCACUGCCUUAUUUAAUGUCACUCCAUUAGCCCCCUCUCUGAUAACGGUGUAUCACGCAGGCAGCUUUGUGAGGAUACUCUCACACGCCAACUCAACGUGUUGUUGUUGUGUUGUUGUAUCACACUAUCACCCAGCAGCUUCAGCGUUUCUCCACAGGGCAUUGUUUGUUUGUUUGUUUGUUUGUUUGAUUAGUAAGAACAAAUCUCUCAGUUAUUGAUUAGGAAAAGAAAAGGGCAUUGUUGAUUAUUAUGCAGCCCUCAACGACAUGGUAACAUUCCGACCUUGCCUCUGUGUCCUGUUCCACAUUCUGGUGGGGCUUGUUGAAUGCGGCCGUGGAAUGUGUGAACCGACCAGACCACAUUCUAAGGCAAGAGCCGGGUGGGCGGGCGUGAACGCAUAAGAACCACUAUGGUUGGAACAGGAGUGUGGGCUUGAGAGCGGUCAACCGUGUCUUGUUGAAGAUUGAUUUUCAAGCUGUUCUACAAAGAAUUGAAAUCUCUUGUUUACAUUCGAUUGAUUCUAUUUGAUUCAUCUGGGUAAAAUGUGUCUUUGUAGUAGUCAUGUCAUGACGAUGCAUUAUGGCCAAGUAAAUGAACACACGGCCCAUGUGAUGGCCAGGAACCUAACCAUGUUUGUUUUGUUGGCUGGAGUCUUCUAUUCUUACAUUUUUGUAUCAAUGAUGCACUGAAAACAAAUGAAUAAUAAAUGUAGAACAUAUAUUUUGAACCCUUUGCUGUGAAAUAACCAAUGACUUACAGUGUGAGGGGCACGGCGUCAUUCUUAGAGAACACCUCGCUGAAAUAUGGAGGUCCGUAAAGGGUAUAUUAUUCAUAUUUGGUUAGACUGGAUUUGUAUCUGAUAAAUUGAGCCAAGCAGAAGAGUUCUCCUUAUUGUAUAUAGAAAAUACUCAAUUGAUAUACUCAAUUCCGCAACAAAUCACUUUAUUUUUGAUUUAGCAACAAACUGUAAAAGUUUCAGAUGGUUUGAUUGAUGGAAUUGUUUGUCAGUGUGUUCUCCCAGUUUGUUCUCGUUGUUCAUGGGUUACCAGCAAACCUCUGGAGAGAGUUCCCGUCGUGCCUUUCUCCAGAUGGACUGGAAUAUGCCUUGCAGAACACAGGUGUGGGUCAAAUGGUUUUUUAAGUCCUUUUGAGUUCUGGUUUUUGACUGAUGGAAUCAAUGGAAUUGUGUGCAUGAUGACGGUAUAAAGCAUUUCCCUCUAGUUGUUCCCCAUUGUGUUAUUUGAAAGGAGGAUUUCAAAAACUGUUUGAACCCAUGUCUGAAAUAGUUUAGUUUUUUUCUGAGUGGUGUCCAUGGUUUCUCCACUGUCAUCUUCCCCUCCCAGUGCUGACCUCGACAGGAACAGGAAAGGCAGAAGAGGAAGUGAUGUGAUCUACUGUGUCUCUCUCAUAUCGGAAUCAGAUUGAAAUGGACUAAUUACUACUAUUUUGUAAAAGACAUAUAUGUAAAUGUAUAAUAUGUAGACGGACCCAAUAAUGGCUGUAUAUUUGGCAGAUUAUUAUUACUAAUAAAAAUAUUCCCAAUGACAAA